CUUUUUAACAAAAGCCACACGACAGUAAACAACGAACAAAAUGGAGAGAAUAAAACGAUUUCUAGAGAAAAGAUACAUUUCAUCAUCAACAUAAACAACGCUAAUUGAUUGAUUAUAAAGAAAGAGAGAUGUUUUCACUGAAAUCAAUCUGGAAGCCUUGGAUUGGCGGUGAUGCCAACAAGCCUCCUGGAAAGGAUGAACACAUGGUAAUAGUGGAUUCACUCAUGUUAGAGCUCGAGUUUCACAUACGAGAGCAGGAACAGAUUCUCAAAGAUCGUGAACAGGAAGAAAGAAGACGAAUGACUGGUGUUGACUAUAGCUGGCUCGUCAGUGCUCCUGUGAAACAGUAUGAAAUUCCCCACCUUGAAAGAUUGGAACUAGAGGAUCUUUGCUACAGAGUUAAGCCACCAGAAUGUGGUAAAGUUAUAUCACUCUUCAGAGAUUCAAUUCUCAAUGAGCCAAGAGUUUGUGAUAUUCCUAAGAUUCUCAAAGCUUGUAUUCGUCAAGUGGUCGAACAAAGACCUAAGGAGGAGACUCUAACUGACUGGGUUACGAAAAGGACAUCGAGUCUUAUAAAUAUGAAAAUACGGCCUUCGACUAAGAUUACACCAUUCCACAAAGAAAGUGAUGACGUGGAGAGCAAUACAACAAUUGAAACCAUAUCAAGCCAUGUAGAUUUGAUUACACCUAGUGGUGCCCAUAGAAACAACCAAUCAUUAUCAUACCACUCACAACCGCACGAUUUUGACUCACUGCCAGUUUAGAUACAGCAUUUAUUUUUUAUUUUUUGUUCUCAUAAUACAGGCAUCAAGUAAGACUUUGGAAAUGAAUAAGUCUUUGGAGAAAUUUGUUUCAAGAUUUUCAUCUUCAUCUAUAAAUGUCUAUGUAUAGCUAAAACCUCUCCCUAAAAAUACAAAAGCUAAAAAUGGCCUAUUGAAAAGUAUGAAUGAUUUUGGAGACUCAAGCUUUUAGGAUUCCUGUUAUACAAAAUGUGUUCAUUUUUUACAAGUCAUGAUUUCUACAAGUUUAUUUCAAGGUUAUUUAUUUCUUAUGACUUUGAGUUUUACUUUAUGUGUCAGAACCUUAUCACAUUAAUGUACACAUGUUGUUCACUUCUUAAGUGUUGUUGCUGGCCCUGGCUAAUAGCAAAAAGGUUCUUUCCGCCAUGUAAAUAAAGGGCACUUGGAACCAUUUCGCCCUGACCCGUCAAAAUGUUAGAGCUGAUCGAUAUUUUAUUACCAUUGUUUUCCGUUUUCUUUGUUCCUGGCCUUCUUUGUUCCUGGCCUUAUUGAAUACUUCUUACAUUUAUAUACAGCCUUUUCUCCUUGUCCCAUCAGAUUGUAUUCCUGUAUAGACAUAAUCAUUAUUAAACAUUGUACCUUUAUUUUUGUUCAAAGUUAUGUUCUUUCUGCAUUAUUUUUUGUAACUAGCCUUAUUGAAUGCUACGCAGAAACUUUUUGUCUUAACCUGAGGCUUUCAAAUUGUAUUCCUGUUUUUUGUUCACUUUAAGCACUGAUCAUGUUAUCAAUUGUACAGUACAUGAAGUGUAUCACUUGUUUGUAGUUGUUUAGCCUUAUCGAAGCAUUUGUGUUCGAGUGCCUUUAAGGAAUUAUACCGAUUUUGGUUUACAAUCUCUCAGUUUCAUUGGGUUGAUUGUUUAUAAUUUUGUUAAAAAUAUCAAUCAAAUUAACAACAUCGUUGUUAACUUUUAAAUGUGAAAUAUCUGCUGAUGUGCUCAUAUAUUUAAAUAAAUCAAGUACAUGAGCUUAAAUGGGCGUCUCAAUCAAGUGUUUUCACUGAACUUCCCAAGCAAUAACGAUUUGAAAGUUAACAAAGAUGACAUUAACAACGUUGUUAACUUUAAUAAAGUUCAGAACAAUCGGCCCAAUGUUUUUUAAAUGUGCUAUUAUGGUAUAUUGUUGUGAUGUUAUUGUUUGAAUUGUUGUUCAUAACGUAAGAGUUGUUGUUCAUAACGUAAGAGUUGUUGUUCAUAACUUAAGAGUUUUGUUCAUAACGUAAGAGUUGUUGUUCAAAACGUAAGUGUUGUUGUUCAUAACGUAAGUGUUGUUGUUCAUAACUUUAGAGUUGUUUAUGUCUUUAACAUAUCAUUAAAAUGUUUUUGAAAGUUUAAACAUUUUAACAGUCAAAAUAUAUGACGCAAUGUGAUGACGUUUUGCUGUUCUGUUUUGAGAAGACAAAAAGUUUUGGUAUUGUUUUAGCCCUGGUGUCAUUGUUAGUUGAGUCAAUGUGCGAAAACUUGGCUAUAACUCAGAAAGAUAGUUCAACCACAACUUUGUACACAUGUUGCCAGAGUCAAAACACACAUAUUAAGCAAGGGUCAUAACUUGGACCUAAAUGAUCAUCAAUUUAUGCCCUUCUUCACAUGAUAACAACAAAGGCUAAGCAAAACUUUUGAACUUGACAUUUCAUAUUUUGUAACAAACCUAAUUUUCGAGCCUAGAUGGCUUAUUCUUUUACAAUCUUCUAAAAUUCAGGUUUCAAAACAACCCUUAACCGAUGAAAAGAUAAAACUAUUAAAACCUGAUUUCUUAUGAAUUUCAAAUAUAUCUUUGAAUGCAAUUUUGAAAAUGCAUGAAUUGAAAUACAUUAACUAUGUACAAAGAAAGAUGUUUUAUAUACUGGAAAAUAAGUGUUCAUUAAUCUUGUUAAUGGAAAGGUUCAUUAUUCAGGGGUGUUUUUAACUACCGGGUACACACCUUUGGGCCGUUUCAAUGAAGGAUUAUAGUGUUCUACAUCACUAGGUCACAAAUGGCCACACAUGAAGAGUUCCCAAUAAGUUUCAGUUGAACCGUCACAAAAAGAAAAGUAACUGAACAGCUAUUCUACUUAAAAUUUAUUUAUUUUUCCAGAUUGGAACCGGCCCAAUUGCCAUUUGAACCGCCCAUUUUAGCCGGCAGCCGGUUCAUAUUGAGAACACUGACAUGAUACUUUUUUUAUUUCCUCAACUUUUGUGCUCAUUUUUAAUACUGGCUAAAGGCCAAGUCACUGAAUUUUUUAGCUUAAUUACAAAAAUAUGACAUUUUCAAGAUGAUUUCAAUGUACGACUUAGAUUUUUCUUGUAUCGUCACCUAGGCUAUGUUUACACGAAGAUGCAUAUCAUAACAUGCUGCAAUAUAUUAAAGCAGAAAUGUUACUGUUGGAUGGUUAUAUUGAGACCACAGUUAAUAGUUUUUGGCGUAUUCCGGUUUGACUCAGAAAAUAACCUGUGACCCGAAAUAUAUACUUUUUAUCCUAUCUAUCUAGUGUUUUUUAUUUCAAUAUAGUAAAUUUACCUUAAAAGUGAAAUAAAAGAAGAAAAAAAACUUCCUACCAACAGAAUCACACCUUGAAAUGUUGAUAGGGUAACGCCAGACAAACUGUAAAUUGUAGUCUAAUAUUUACAAACUAAAACAAGUUAUAAGCAAGUUGAUCUCAUAAAAAAUCUUAAGCAUUAUAAUCACAGAAUGGUGAAAUUAUGAAUGUUGUUUUUGGACCAAAAUAUUGUUUGUGAUACUCUGUAUACCAUUUACAAAUGUUCGAUGAUUUUUAUUUUUAGCUUUUGUUGUAAUGUUGGCCACGAUGAUGUACCAUAUCUCUAUAACUGUUAUUGGAUGUGAUUUACAUACAUGUAAUAAGCUAUCGAUGGCGGCAAAAAGUGCUUGUAUGUUAUAUUACUCUAGUCGUUUUUUAUGUAUAUGAUAUCUCUAUACUUUAUCUACACCGAAAACCGUUUCAAAUAAAACCAAAUAAAGCCGAAAUAAAAUGGGGUAAUAAUAGGCCUCAAAUUCCUGAAUUAACUCAAGCAGUUGAAGUACAUGUAUAAUAUUUCAUUAAACCCAAACAUAGUUCAUCAGGAUUAUUUUAUUUGUAGCAGAAUGACGUUAUACCGAAAAUGACAUCCUUAAUGUUUUUCAUAGGCACUAUGCAUAAACAUUUGUUUAUCAAAAAGCAAGAAAUAAGUUGAUUUGUAAGCAUAAAUUAUUUUCUUAUUCUCAAUGGUUAAGAUCAUGUUUUUAAAACUGUCAAACUCAUUUUAAAAUACAGGGAAAAAAAAUGUGUUUAAUGAUUUUUAAAAUAAACAAAAUUAUAUUAUAACAGUCUUCAGGAUUAUAUAUUGUCAUAUUUGUAUACAUGUACCUGUGAUGUGCAAAGGGGUAGACACCAGAGGAUACGAUUGCAAGAAAAAAAGAAAACUGUCAAAAACUUGCAUUCUGUUGAUAUCAUUGUGUACAAAGCAUAGAAUCUUACUGACUGACUGAUCACAUCCCUUAUGACACAUGCAUCUUUUGCAGUAGUUUUUAUGCAGUUUUACAAUUCGAAAUGUAUUGGGGUUGUCUACCAUGUAAACCCCAGUAAGUUUAAAAAUAGCGUCAGUAUAUUUAUAUGCAACUAUUAAUAGAUAUGAUUUAAACUGGGAAACCAUUAUGCGCUAUUUUAAAUUGAGAAACACAAAUGAGACUGCAACAUGAUGGUUGCGUUUAUUAUUUCAAGCAUUUGAAAUGAUGUAUAAUCGGCCUCCAACUAGCUCGCAAUGACAAUUCUAGACUUGUUCUGAUGAAAUACUGUAUAAGCCGAAUUUGUGAUCAUCUGGUGUCUAGCCCCCUUAAUGUUGCUAUUUAUAGUUGUGUAUGUUUGAAAAGUUCUAGUCUACUUUGCAAUUGUUAACAUAUCACUUAUGUUGUUUAAAGCUGUUUAAUUGGAUAUUAAAAUGU